AUGAUAACGGAUUUUCUGAUGCCAAUUGUUUGUGAAAAUGACAUCGACGAUAACUGGUUCAAACAGGACGGCCCCACAUGCCACACAGCUCGACCAAGGACUCUAGCUGCCCUCAAGAACAAUAUUUGUCACGAAAUUGUCGCCAUAUCCGCCGAAACAUUGGCCAACGUGAUUGAAAACGUCGAAAAAAGGAUACAUUUAGUUGCCAAGGCCAGAGACAUAAACGUGUCAAUCCCACAAUUCGACGGGCAAGCUCUGGUGUGGGCGACUCGCGCGGCCGCUAGGCCGGCACAGCCUGUUCAGCGCCUUAGUGCAGCGCUGCCCGCACGGAUAGCACUCUCCUUUACGACUGCAGAGCCCGAUGGACUGCUGCUGUGGGUUACCAGGGGGAAUGACUACAUUGGCCUAGGUCUUGAAAAUGGAUACAUCAAGUUAACCUGGUCUUUACACUGUAAUAACACAACAAAUGAACAAAAUACAAGAGACUACUUCCCUGUACCUCCGAAACUGAUGUCCAGGUUGACGCAAGCUGGAUUUAUGGCGGAUGGAGAAUGGCAUUCAGUAGUGUUGACAUUCAAGAAAUACAUUACCUUUACUGUGGACCAAAAGACAUACGUCGAGGAGCAGUGUUUGAACGAACAAGAAUACGAAGAUACUGAUUUAUUUAUAGGUGGCAUAACAGAUGGAGAUAUCAACGUUAAACAAUUUUUUCCCCAAAACUUCAAAGGUUGCAUAGACAAAAUCUCUACCAAAGAGGGCACUGUUUUAACCAACUUUACCGAGGUCUACAGCGAAAACAUACAGUCAUGCCAAUUGUUCCCUAUUGCCUAG